AAAAAAAAAAGAAAAAGCAGAGAGAAGGAAGAAACGUUAGCUUCUUGAUUCCUGUAUUAUUUGACUUAUGCUUCGUAUAAUUACUCAAUUUUAGCCUCAUAAAAUCAUACAAUACACCCCCACAAGCAAAGGGCAAAAAGAGAUCCCAGCUAAGAUGGCCAAUGAAGGAACAAGCUACACUGUUGAUGAAGCACUUUUGGCAACGGGUUUUGGGAAAUUCCAAUACCUUGUUCUUCUUUAUGCUGGCAUGGGUUGGAUUUCAGAGGCAAUGGAGAUGAUGAUUCUCUCAUUUGUUGGACCAGCAGUUCAGCAUGAAUGGGGACUUACUUCUAAGCAAGAAAGCCUACUAACCAGUGUGGUUUUUGUUGGCAUGCUGUUUGGAGCCUACAUAUGGGGCUUAGUUUCAGAUAAAUAUGGAAGGAGGAAGGGAUUUCUAGUUACAGCAAUAGUUACUUCAGCAGCUGGAUUUCUGAGUUCCUUUGCCCCAAACUAUGUUGCAUUGAUUCUUUCUCGUUGUUUGGUUGGCGUUGGUUUGGGAGGCGUUCCUGUAAUCUUGUCCUGGUUUUUAGAGUUUAUACCUACACCAAAUAGAGGAACUUGGAUGAUUAUUUUCCAAGGAUUCUGGACCAUUGGAACAAUUCUGGAGGCUGCUCUCGCUUGGGCUAUUAUUCCAAGAUUAGGUUGGAGGUGGUUACUUGGUUUGUCUGCUUUGCCUUCGUUGCUUCUCCUUAUAUUCUAUAUUAUAACGCCCGAGUCACCUAGGUAUUUAUGCUUGAAAUGUAGAAAAGAUGAUGCCCUUAGGAUUUUAGAGAAAAUAGGCAAACUAAAUGGAAAGGUACUGCCCCCUGGUAAUCUUGUUACUGACCAUGAAGUUGAGUUACAAGAGAGGAGAGUUUCACCAGAGGAUGGACAUGAAGAUAGUAGCUCUAGUCCGCCCAGGUGGAAGGACUCUGACUUGGGGGUCUUCAGAUCAUUGUUAAUGCUUCUGUCACCAAAAUUAAUUAGGUCGACCUUGCUCCUGUGGGUUGUAUUUUUUGGGAAUGCAUUUUCAUACUAUGGCCUCGUGUUGCUGACCACCGAGUUGAACAGUGGGAAUAACAAAUGUAAUUCAAAUGGAACGCAAUCACACAAUUCUGGGAGUGUUAACUAUAAAGAUGUUUUCAUCACCAGUUUUGCAGAGCUUCCGGGGCUCAUCUUUUCAGCUUUCGUAAUUGACAAAUUUGGCCGUAAACUUUCAAUGGCGGUUAUGUUCUUCGUCUGUUGCAUAUUCCUGCUGCCACUGGUGGUCCACCAGUCCCGAGCUGUAACAGUGGUCCUUCUCUUUGGAGCUCGAAUAUGCAUAACAGGAACCUUCGCAGUUGUUUUUAUUUAUGCGCCAGAGAUAUACCCAACUUCAGUGAGAUCAACAGGUGUUGGAGUCGCCAGCUCAAUGGGAAGGAUUGGUGGGAUGGUCUGCCCUUUUGUAGCAGUAAGUUUGGUGCAAAGUUGCCAUCAAACUGCGGCACUUCUUCUUUUUGUGGGUGUAGUUUUUGUAUCAGGGAUCUGCGCCUGCUUCUUUCCAUUUGAAACCAAGGGCCGUGAAUUAACCGAUAGUAUCUCUAGUAAAAAGCAUGAAAAGCUGACGACUACGACACAAGAAGAGCCAUAAAGUAUAUAUGUAUUUUUAUACAUCCAGUGCAUACACUGAUGUGGCAGGUUGAAUGACCACGUUAAACAGAUGGCCCCCCUAAUGUAUACAAGCAGGCACAAAUAAAUUUGCCUAUUUAUGUGUAUGUUGCGAAAACUUUUGAAAUCUGGAAUAUUCCAUGUCAUUUUUUUUAAUAUGGAAUACAGUUAAUGGCAA